CGACGUACGUUUAGCGGCCAUUUCACAAUCGCCGCUUUUCUCAAAUUUUUCAGAAAUAAAACCAUUUUAUCGCACUAAUAACAAAUGAUUAAAACAACUGAAUAUAAGACCAAAUCGUGAAAAACAUCAUCUAGCUGUUUUCUAUAAAUUCUCCUUUCUGACAGUUGGAAUUCCCAGCUGUUCAGGAAGUUACACUGACAUAAGAAAACGGUAGACGCCACUACAAAGUUUCAUCCUCAAUUACCAACAUGGACAACAGUGGCCAAUUCCAGUCAUUCCAUAACCCUGCCGCACAACAGCCCACGAUGCCCCAUGGCUCUGUUCCAAGCACAAGUGGGGGCUACCCCGCUACAACGACGACCACUAUGUUACCUGGUUCAUCGAUCUCCAAUAUGUACCCACAAACACCUGCCACCCCCAUGACUCCAGCCACACCAGCCACAGAUACAACUGGUGGUGUGCCUCUUCCACAAUUACAAAAUAUAGUCUGUACAGUGAACCUUGGUUGCAAAUUGGACCUUAAACGGAUAGCUCUUCAUGCCAGAAAUGCCGAGUAUAAUCCGAAGCGGUUUGCAGCUGUCAUAAUGAGAAUUAGGGACCCAAGAACAACAGCUUUAAUCUUCAGUUCAGGAAAGAUGGUGUGCACUGGAGCAAAGAGUGAGGAAUUUGCCAAACUAGCUGCCCGGAAAUAUGCAAGAAUCGUGCAAAAGCUUGGUUUUCCUGCAAAGUUUUUAGACUUCAAAAUACAGAACAUGGUGGGAAGUUGCGACGUUAAGUUUGCCAUUCGGUUGGAAGGUCUCGUUUUAACACAUGGGCAGUUUUCAAGUUAUGAGCCUGAGUUAUUCCCAGGACUUAUCUACCGAAUGGUGAAACCAAGAAUUGUUUUGCUCAUAUUUGUAUCAGGAAAAGUUGUGUUAACAGGUGCAAAGGUGCGUUCAGAGAUUUACGAAGCUUUUAACAACAUCCAUCCAAUACUGAAAGGAUUCCGAAAACAGUGAGGAGACAUGUUUAACUUCAUGCAGGAAUAAUAUGGACUCUUCGCAAUAUAAGUUCCCCCAGGAUAGAAAGGAAGUGUUGAAGACAAUCAGUGUGGACUCUCUUCACCUCAGUAGGUCAAUAUGUGACAUUGAACAGUUGGCAAAGAUCUGUGCAUAUUGCAUUGUAAUGGAGCAUCUGCAAUUUUGCAUACAUAUAGUAGGAUGGGAGUUGAUGAUGCAUUUCAGCGAAUCUGUAUAUACUUAACAGUUAGGUUGUUUCAGGCACAAGGUCCAAUUCAAUGGGUCUUUUCGAUCUGUUGUGGCCAUUGACACUUUCUUUUUCUGAAUAGUCUUAGUACUACCAAAUGUCAAUGUGUUUGGACUCUGGAGUCUUGCAGUGGUCAAUGCUAACCCAGUGUAACCUUUAGCACUAGAUCAGUGUUGAAUUCUGGGUGAAUUGUUUCCUUUUACCCAUCGAAUGAAAUCCUGUCAAUGAGAAAGUAAGUAGUGUGGCCUGCAUCAUUUUUGAUAGUUUUUUUGUAAAAGUUUUGAGAAAUGUACUUGGUGAAUUGAGUGCAAAAUUUUUCCACUGUUGAUCACCUGACUAGAAGGGCUCAGGUUUACAUUUUACAUUGACUGCUGCAUGUAUCUGGAGCUCUUUUUUAUGUUCUGUUCAUCCUUAAGCCAGGUUGCUUGAUCAGGAUGUGUUUAUAUUUUUGUAAAUUAUCUUUCUUGAGGUAUUAAAAGUUACCAGGUUAGAUAAUGUGAAUUGAUUUCUAAGUGAAAUUGCAUUUGAAGAGUUUCAUCUCAAAACGAGAAGUACAUGUGUCUGUUUCAGUCAUUUUGAAAAAUGUGGCUUCAAAGUUUGGAAUUGAACAUGCACUUGAGUAUGUGUUAUUAAAGAUCAAAAUCAUGGUUAUCCACUGGCACCAGAUUGUGUAGAAAUGGAAAAAAAUCUGAAAUACUUAAUGUAUAUUUGAAAAAAGGUACACAGUGCAAAAAUUUUACCAAGUUCUGAAGAAAUUUUUAUGUGACAAGUACAUGAGGUGCUCAUUCUGGGCCUUGAUGAUGAUGAUGAUGAUGACAAUUCUCAGCCUGUUGGUUCUUGUAGAGGGAGAAUAAAAUUGUGU